GUUGAAAAUUCAUUGUCAAUCGUAGCUUCGUAAGAAACGAAACGACUUAUUAAAAUAAUCUUCGAAUUGAAACUAUUGUUGUAAUUCUUGUGUUCAAAAUACAAUUGGAACGGCAAAUGAGCUGACAUACCAUCGAAUGGAAACUGUACAAAAUUAAUACAAUCAACGAUAAAGAAAAUACGCCAUAUGCAUACAUUACUUGAUUAGUUUAAAAUAAAAUUCCUGAUAAAAACAACGCUAGCACAAUGGCGUUAGAGAAACUACACAAAGUAUUAGACGAUAUCGUUAAAAAAAAUAAUUAUAUAAAUCCUACUGUUGCUGUAAAUCCAAUUUCUACUGGCGGUGCCAAUUAUUCAUCAUCUCUGUACACAAUCAUUGUAUCCGAGUCUGGGAAAGAAGAUCUUCAACUGUUUGCUAAAGUUCUUGUUACGAAUGAAAAUUUAUCUGCCCAGUUACCUAUGAAAAUAGUCGACCUAGAACAAUUUUUUUAUGUCGAUCUAUUAAAAAAAUAUGAAAAUAUACAAAAUGCGCAUAAUUUACCUGUUGAAAAGAGACUGAUUGUACCCAAAUACUAUGGUUGUUAUCCAAAAGAACCGGUUGCGCAAACAAUAGUUCUUGAAAAUCUAACGGUGAAAGGAUUCACCACACAUGACAGAUUUAAAUCUAUAGAUUGGGACUACGCUGCAAAAGCCAUGGAAUCAUUGGCUAAGUUUCACGCCCUCUCUAUGGCAUACAGCGAAAAUAAUCCAGUAGAAUUUGAACAAGUUGUGGAAAAAAUUAAAGGUAAUGGUGAAAUGAUCGCUGGCAUCUUAAAGCGUAUGUAUCAACAGCACAUAAACACAACUUUAGCUGUAAUACCAGAGAAACAUAAAAAUAAACUACAAAAAUAUCUGGAUACUGAAGUGAAUACAGAAUUGAUGUUCAAAAAUAAAUCGUUGCAACGACCUAUUCUAUGCCACGGGGAUUAUAGACCAAGCAACUUAAUGCAUAGAGUAAAUGAGAACGGCGCUCUUGAAGUAAUACCUGUAGAUUUUCAAACAAUCCAAUAUAACUCUCCACUAUACGACCUGAUGUAUUUCAUCUUCACGGGAUCUGACGAGAAGUUCCGGCGGGAGCACUUCCAAGACCUCACCGACCAUUAUUAUCAAGAGUUGAGCAACGCACUGCGCUCUCUGAAACUUAAUCCUGAUGUCAUUUACCCAAAAACAACCUUUGAACUUGAGCUAAAAGAGUAUUUACCAUACGGCCUCGUGACUGCCAUCUAUUCCCUCCCCAUCAUAACAGUGGAGACAGAAAAUGCUCCUGUUAUACGAGAUGACGCGAGCAUUGAAGUUUACGAUAGUUUUCUACAAACCAAGACCGGACCCCUGUACCCUGAGAGGAUGAACGGCGUCAUCAACGACUUCUUCAGAUGGGGCAUCAUUGAAUAGAAGAACUUCCUUUCGAAUCGUUCCAUCAUUAUUUCUGCCUGUAUCUAUCCCCUUCUGGAUAUAGGCCUUUCCCAAAAUCUUUCAACAAGUUAUUGGUCCUUUUCCUUGGGAAGUUUAGGCCCAUAAAUCAUCACACUGUCAACAAAGUCGCUGUCGCUGUUUGUCCGUCCCUAUGUAUGCUUAUAUCGUUAAAACUACGCAACAGAUUUUGAAGCGGUUUUCUUUAAUAGAUAGAGUGAUUCAAGAGGAAGGUUUAUAUGUAUAAUACAUGCAUAAUAUUGUAGAGAAACAUUGAUAAUUUUAAAAGUUUCUAAUGUGAUGUGAUGUAAUGUGCACCCGUGCGAAGCCGGAGCGGGUCAAUAGUUAAUUAAUUAUUGUCAAUACCACUUUAUAACUGCACAUAUGUGUAAUAUGUGUAUGUAAGAAAAUACUUUUAAUAGCCUUUCUCAUCAUCUUCAUCAUCAUCAUCAUAAUAAUAAUCAUCAUCAUCAUAUCAGACCUCCCCAUAGACGUAUAAUUGUGGCGAUUUUGCCAGCAGUCGCCACGCUUGGCAGGCUGUUUAUUAAAUAGGUAAAAUUUCUUUUGCAAUUUUCUUUUCCUAUAAUCUUAUAAAGAAACUAGCAGCCCGGUACGUGCUUCGCUACGUAUAAAGUGAAAUAAUAAAAAAAAAAAACAUCAAUAUCGCUGCCAAUUUGCUUUAAUUGAAGCACGUCCAAAACGAAAUGACCGCAUGAAUUAUGUCAUUCAUUCAAAAAUUAAUGCCACUUUUCGUUGUAAUUUUAUAACUCAAGAAUGGGCUCACCUAUCCAAACCAAAUGUUGAGGCUUUCUUCGGACUAUUUAGUAGAUGGUUCAUGUGAAGUUUGCACGAAAUCGGUCGAGCGGUUCUUCAUUUAUCACAUUUUUUGUAACAAAUGAAUUCAAUAAACGGCGGAUCAUUUAGUUAAUGGGGAUUUUUUCAUACUUUUUUUAAGAUGGCGAUUGUGCUGUCAAAUUAAAACUUUUUCAGUGUUGACAGUACAAGCAUGUUGUUAUUCAUGCGGUCAUUUCAUUUUGGACGUGUUUCGAUUGAUUUUUUUUUUUUUAGUACGUUUGUUCCGUUUGGAACAGGCUAAGGUCGGAGACCAUGCUGCCUAGUCUUCAAAAAGAUAAUUUGUCUGGAAUGUGUUUCGAUUGAAGCAAAUUGUCAGCGAUAUUGAUUGUAAAUUUUUUUUUAUUAUUUCAUUUUAUACGUAGCAAAGCACGUACUGGGCCGCUAGUAUUAUAUAAUAUAUAAUAAAAAUAACGUAUGUAUAACCUAUUUUACUCGCUCGUUAUAAUGUAGUUUUCUAUAGGCGAAAAAAUUAUUAAAAUCGCUUAAGAAGUU